AUGAAAUUCAUCAACAACAUGAACAACAUUGACCUAAAAAUUUUGUACCUAAUCGUAAUAUGUUUUGCAGUAGAAAACUGCAUGGCUCACAUAUACCCAGAUCACCCAGCAACAAACAUUGAACCACAACCAAUCUUCCGUCAUCACUCGGGGAUUCCUCAGCACCAGCAUCAUCACCAGAAUCAUCAUCACCAGGCGGAACCUCCAACCCAAUUUGAACAUUCAGAAUCACCUCAUGAAUCUCCCAUAUUUUCAGAAGAAGCAGAAUCAGCACACGGACGCACAUCGUUCGGUCAUUCAUCUUCCUUCAAAGCUGCGUUCUCCGACAUUCUCCAAGGCUCCAUUCGCAGACCCGCUAUGUCUGAGUCCGAACACUCGGAAGCAAAACAAAGCAGUCUCGGAAUCGAACAGAUUUGCAUGCACACCGAGUACCCCGACAUUUGUCUCGCAACUAUCAACCCUCUUCUAACUCAAAACUUCGACAUGAUUAAUGUCCUCGAAGCCGCGAUUAAAGCCUGUUCGAUUCAGAUUAAGUUGACAAUCGCAAAGGUGGCUAAACAUGCAGCUAGGAAUCCAGAGGUUGCUAAUGCAGUCUUUGAAUGUAAGGAUCAAUACAAAAAUGCUAUGGACAAUCUUCAAAAAGCUAUGGAUGCUCUUCCAGCGCGCGAUCUCGGUACCGUUACCGUUAUGCUUAGUACUGUUAUGGCUGAUGUUUCAACCUGUGAAAGUGCUUUUGAGGAUCUUAAAGAAUCACCUCAUCAUGAACAGUCCAAGGCUGAUGGUUUAGUUAGUAUCACUGUUAGCAAUUGUCUCUCAAUUGCUAGUUUGAUUCCUUAUUAA